UUCAACUAUGAAAAUGCUCCAUACUUUUUCUUUUACUAAUCCACAAUAACUAAUUUCCCCACCAAUAUCUUCUCACUUUCUAUACUUUUCCUAAUUCAUUAUUAUUUAUCUUGUUCACUUUUAUUAUUCUUUGACCAAAAAAUUUCAAACCCAUAAUAAUAAUCUCCUUAUAAGCUAUUAUUUGUUUAAUUUUAAGUACAACGUCCAUCAUAUUCUUUUACGUUUACAUAUUUGGUAAGAAUGUCACAAUUCAGGCAUUCAAGAAAUGUAUGGACAUGGAUGACGAUGAAGAUGAUAUCCAUCGUACUACUAAUUUUAACGCUUGACAGAGUUAAAGGGACCCAGAUCCAGACCCAAACCCAGACCCAGAACCGGAAUGAGAACCCGAAUCAGAAUCAGAAAACAGGGAUGGAGAGACAACAUCGAUUAUUAGUGGAUACAGAUGUUGAUACUGACGAUUUCUUUGCUCUUCUUUACCUUUUAAAGCUCAACAGAUCUCAGUUUGACAUAAAGGGAGUAACAAUAAAUGCCAACGCAUGGACAAAUAGUGGACAUGCAGUAAAUCAAAUGUAUGACAUGCUUUAUAUGAUGGGUCGUGAUGAUAUUCCAGUUGGUGUUGGAGGUGACGGUGGAAUUUCAUAUGAUGGUACCAUUUUUCCUAAUGUUGGUGGUUAUCAUCCUAUUAUUGAACAGGGAAUGACAACUACAGGAUAUUGCCGAUAUAGGCAAGCCAUUCCUCUAGGUCAAGGUGGACGUUUAGAUAUUGACACUAACUAUGGCGUCCGUAAAGCUUUUCUUCCACAGGGAAGGAGAAGAUAUGCGCCUCUUCAUCAACCAACAGCUCAAGAAGUGAUGAUUAAUGUUAUAUCAGAAGGUCCCACAACAGUAUUUCUAAUAGGUGCACAUACAAAUCUUGCACUAUUUCUAAUGCAUAAUCCUCAACUAAAGAAGAAUUUGGAACAUAUUUACAUGAUGGGAGGUGGUGUAAGAUCCAAGAAUCCAACUGGUUGCUGCCCAAAAAACAGUUCAACAUCAUGUAAGCCAGAACAGUGUGGUGAUCAUGGCAAUGUGUUCACUGAUUACACCAGUAAUCCUUAUGCUGAGUUUAAUAUGUUUGGAGAUCCAUUUGCAGCUUAUCAGGUAAUUCACUCAGGAGUUCCAAUCACAUUAGUACCCUUGGAUGCAACCAAUACAAUCCCAAUAACAGAAAACUUCUUUAAAGCAUUUGAGAAGAAUCAAAAGACAUAUGAGGCUCAAUACUGCUUCCAAUCUUUGAAGUUGGCUCGCGAUACUUGGUUCAACGGCCAAUUUUAUUCAAGCUAUUUCAUGUGGGACUCAUUCAUGGCGGGUGUAGCAGUCUCGAUCAUGAGAAAUGAUCAACCUCACGGAAGCGGAGAAAACGAAUUUGCUGAGAUGGAAUUCAUGAACAUCACUGUUCGCACUUCUAAUAAACCUUACGGAAUAUCAGAUGGUUCAAAUCCUUUCUUUGACGGACGAAAGACUCCCAAGUUUCACCUAGACAAACAUGGGGUGCAUAGCGGCCAUGUCCAGAGGUCUCUUCGCGAUCCUUUUUGUGUUGAUAAGAAUGGAAAAGGAAGAUGCAAAGAUGGCUAUACUGAGGAGACAUCCGGUCCUGAAGGUGUGAAAGUUCUUGUUGCUACAAGAGCUAAACCUAACAAGGAUCCAACUAGCCCUCUUGAUAGAGAAUUUUUUAUAAAUUUCUUGGAUGUUUUGAAUCAUCCACAUCAAUCAGGGAAAUUCAAUUUCACUACCCAAUUUCCUCACUACAAGGAAGUGCUAUACAAGCCACAUUUUGGAGCUAGAAAGCUCGGACGAACCGUCAUCUUUGAUAUGGAUAUGAGUGCAGGAGACUUCCUUGCUCUUUUCUAUCUCCUUAAGGUUCCUAUUGAAAUUCUUCACCUCAAGGCAAUAUUUAUAACUCCGACGGGAUGGGCUAAUGCCGCAACAAUAGAUGUGGUAUAUGACUUACUACACAUGAUGGGACGAGAUGACAUACAAGUUGGUCUUGGCGAUGUUUUUGCCCGAAACCAGUCUGAUCCCUCGUUUUCUGCUGUUGGGGACUGCAAAUAUGUGAAGUCUAUCCCUCAAGGAAGUGGUGGAUUUUUGGACUCCGAUACCCUUUAUGGCCUUGCUAGAGAUUUGCCGCGCAGCUCAAGAAGGUACACAGCUGAAAACUCGGUAAAGUUUGGAGCACCGCGUGACACUGAGCACCUUGAACUACGACAACCUCUAGUACUCGAGAUAUGGAACAAUAUUACAAAAACAAGCAACCCAAACAUGAAAGUUACCAUAUUGACAAACGGGCCAUUAACCACCCUAUCUAAAAUACUUUCUUCGGACAAAAGGGCGAUGUCUAAGAUUCAGGAUGUGUUUGUUUUAGGAGGACACAUAAAUUUUGGUGCUUUAAGUCAAAAGGGAAACCUAUUUACAGUGCCAUCAAACAAAUAUGGUGAAUUCAAUAUGUAUCUUGAUCCUUUAUCUGCCAAGACAGUGAUUGAAUCAAAGCUUCCUAUUACACUUAUUACUUUGAAAGCUCAGAAGAAGGUUAGCUCUUUUCCGUCUUUAUUGGAAACGCUUUCUAGGGCAAAUAAGACCCCAGAAUCUCGCUUUACACAACAGUUGAUCUCCAAGUUGCUCAGUUUGCAGAAACAACAUGGGCGAUAUCAGCAUGUGGACAUGUUCCUAGGAGAGAUCCUGGGUGCAGUAAUAUUGGGUGAUCAUAAUUCAUCUCUAAAAGCAAGUUUUGAAGUGAAGCCAAUCAAAGUAAUAAUAACAGGCAAAGAAGAAACAGAUGGACAAAUGGUAGUGGAUACUAAAGAUGGAACACCCAUAAGAAUACUCAAAAGUUUUGAUGAAAUGGCAUAUUAUGAUUUAUUGGCAAAUCAUAUAGGAGAUAAGAAGCAAUCUGCAGUGGUGGGAAGCUUUUCUGAACAAAAAAGAAUAUGGAGUAGGACUACUUCUACAUAAGAAUCUCAUUAACUUAUAAUUUUCUUUUAAGUUUUUUUAGAAAAUGAUAGGAUUGUUGUAUUCAAUCAUUUGUUUGAAGAGGGACUAAAAAUAUAUAAUAAUUUUUAAUAUUGUGUUUAUUUACUUUUUAUUAUAUUCAACUAGAGAUCUUUAAAACAUUUUUA